AUGCGUGCAUCAAGUAAGCCGGAAGUUGCUGUUCGUCCAACAAAAACAUCAUUAGCUCGCCAAUCAGUAGUAUGCACUUCAAUGGCCCCCAUACAACAAUCGGAGCGUCGAUCACUAAGUCAAGUUUCGAACACAUACGGCAAACAAAAUAUGAAGAAUGUUGUGCAGCGCGGUUUUAAUGUUAAAACGAAUCCAAAGAAUGUUCCUCUAAAGGUACAACAACAACAGCAUCCUCAAACUAGUAGUGGUGUAAUGAAAAAUGCUGUUUUUAAACAUCGAUCUGUUCAAAAAUUGGCUGUUAUUAUGUCCGAAUCGGCACGUGAUAAUUCAACAAAAGAAAGCGAAAUAUUAAAGCAAGUUAUUGUCUCAUCAUUAACAGAAACAGUCAAAAAUUUAGAAAUUGCUGUUGAUAAUCAAGAAAAUAAACCACCAAAACGAAAACGGUCAUUAUUCUAUCCAUCAUUAACUGGUCAUCGAACUCUUCCCCGUACAGUGCCAUCACUCCACCGUCGAACAAUACAGCCUCCUACAAUGAUUCCACCGGUACAUAAAGAAUUGAAAAUUGUGGCAAUUGAACUACCAUCGACAAGUGAUAACGAUUUUAAUGACGAAUUAGAUGAAGAUGAACAUAGGAUCAAUGGUGAAAUAUAUGUAAUGAAUUAUAUUCGCGAUAUAAUGAAUUUGCUCUAUGCACUCGAAUCGCAUUAUCAAAUCGAUAAUUCGUACUUGCAAGUAACAUCAACAAGGACAACAAUACCAUCAAAAAUAUGGAAAAUGGCACUAAAACAUCGAACAAUAUUGGUCGAAUGGCUAAUACAACUAUUUUAUUGUCGUUUUCAUUUAUCACAAGAUUCAUUACACGUUUGUAUGCAAUUACUAGACCGUUAUCUUCAAUAUUGUUCAUCACCAUCAGCUGCUGCACAAACAACAAAUGUUUUAAAACAAAAAAAUUUACAACUCAUCGGUGUUGCAACUUUGUUGUUAGCAACAAAAGUAGAAGAAACACAUCAUCCAUCGGUGGACGAUCUGAUAUUUUUAACGGAUAAUGCGUACACAGGAGAUCAAUUGAAAGCAAUGGAGAGGAAAAUACUACAGGAUUUAAGUUUUGAGCUAAAUCGACCAACAAGGUUCGUUUUGUUUCGAAAUCUCUCUUUCCAUGUGAAGGGAAUCGUUCAAAGAACAGAGCCCGAUAGUACAUGA